AAAGAUGGCGACACUAAAUUUUCUGCGACUAUCAUAACUUCACUGACAAUUUUAUAUCGUUAUCUUCUGGCUAAUCUUGAUUAAGUCGGCAAGUUUGCGAAAAUGGGGGGUAAAGAAUCGAAAGCUACGGUUUUACCAUACGAGGAGGCUGUCAAAAGAGUUACCGACGAUGAGUUGAAACGUCUCAAGGAGGCGUUCAAGCGCACUGCCAGCAUGGCCGGCUAUAUGAACAAGCAGAUGUUUGUGCGAGAAGUCCUUGGCGAAGGCGUGCCCCCAAAACUUGCAGAUCAUAUAUUUCAAGCGUUUGGCGGAAACACGAAAGGACUUGCUUUCAAAGAUCUAUUUUGCGGAUUGGUCUUACUGACACGUGGCAAACGAGAAGAGAAAAUAAAACUUGUAUACAGUAUCUACAGUAAUGAUUCCAGUGGCUUGGUACAUAAAGACGAGCUUGAGUCUCUCAUUAUGGCGUCAGAUUCACACCUUCCACAAUCUCUUCCUGCACUAUUUUUUGAUUCGGAUAGAGCUACAUAUGAACAGUUUCACCAGUGGGUCACAGUUAAUUUUGAUGCUACAACCAUUACAAGGUGGUUGCUACAAGACGGCGGUGCAAUGGGUAUUAGAUUAUCGGAUGAAAGCGACACACCCACAUUCUACCAGACGCUAGCUGGUGUUACGCAUCUGGAGGAAGCUGAUAUCAUAGAGCUGGAGAAACGUUACUGGCAGUUGAAAGCGCUAUCAAAGACUGGCAGAUUUGAUCUAGAAACAUUCAUACCGAUGGUGUCUCCACCCGUGCCAAGAAAUCUAUGUGAAGGUUUAUUCUAUGCAUUUGAUGAGAAUCGUGACAAUCACAUAGAUUUCAAAGAGAUGGCAUGCGGACUCUCGGCAUGCUGUAGGGGGCCAGUGGUAGAAAGACAAAAAUUUUGUUUUAAAAUUUUUGACAAAGACCAUGAUGGACUAUUGUCCAGGAAAGAAUUAGAAGACAUGGUUGCUGUCCUUGUACAAGUCAGAUCCGAAAACAGACCGCCGAAACACGUGGAGGCCGACACGUUACAGGACGCAGAAGAUAACAUCUCUAGUGUUGUAGACGAUAUUUUAGCAUCGCAUGAUAGCGAUAAUGACAGCGCUAUAACGUUAGAAGAAUACCAAAUAUGGAGUGUCAAGAGUGCACUACCAACAGAGUUUCUCAGUCUAUUAUUUCAGAUCUGCCACAUUGUGCUUGGAUUGAGGACCACUACGCGGCAUGAGGAAGGAGACAUCAUAAUGGGUUGGGUAGACCGGGAAAGCAGGAAAGGUUUACAGCAAGGAUUGACAUGGUAUCUUAUAAGUAUGGUAUGGUGGAAGUCAUGGAAAGACUAUGUCUUUUAUAAGAUGACGUCAUCGAAUCAAGUCAUAUCAGCACAAAGCAAAAGUAAAUCACUUCCGCGGAAAACUACAAGCCAGACAGGACAAGCCUGGGGCACCGACCGCUCAUUGAGCCAACCAUCUUCACCGAGGGAAGCCAAUUUCUCGAACAACUCCACCCCUUCUGGAUCUCCCAAGAAAGCAGUAAAUAGCUUCUCUCAAGAUGUCCCUCCAUAUGGACGAAGUCCUGCACAUACUGGCAAAAGAAAUAGUCAGCCAAGUGUCACUAUUCCAGUCGUACCUCAGAAACCCGGACCAAUAGAUAAUACAACGUUGAUUAUGCCAGAAACUAGAAAGGUGAUGAUGCUAACCAAUGAAGGAGGUCGGUUGCGAAAAAACGCAACGUUAGUACGUGGCCGAGAUUUUGAAAUUCUUCCUGAACCUGUGUGGAAGGCGCUGUUGUCAUGGUACGGUGGUUCUCCAGCAUUGCCAAGAAAUGUGAUUAUCCCGUCCAAUGGGGAUCCCACCCCGGAAUUAGAGCUUUACCCUCUCAGUGUUCGACUGUUGAGGCAUCAAGCGAACCAGCCAAGGCAAAACACAUGGAAUGCCGUCAGCAUGGGAAUUGUCGGUGGUUUUUCCUUUGGUGCAGGUUCCUACGUAGGUACGAGCUCACACACGAACAACACUCCGGCGCCUCCUAAACGCUAUCUUGCAUACGUCGCAGCGUUUAGUAAAAUGCACACGAUACAACAAGUGUAUGAUUUCCUAUGCCAACGACUCAGGAUACGAAACGAAGACAUGCGACUAUGGGACCUCAAGGAUGAGAAUAACCCUGUCUUGUUGGAAGAAGAGAACCACACGUUGGAACAUUUGUCAAUUCAGGACAACCAGCAAGUUCUGAUAGAAGUUCGAAAUAAAGACAUGAGCUGGCCAGAAGAGAUGUCCUCACUUGCUUUGAAGAAUAAAACAGACAAGAAAAAGAAUCAGGUUCCUACUGACAAGGGUGCUACUGGGCUGAGUAACCUUGGCAACACGUGUUUCAUGAACUCUGCCCUGCAGUGUAUUAGCAACACCAAACCGCUAACCAAGUAUUUCAACGAUAAUAUGCAUCAGUACGAAUUCAACAAAACCAACCCCCUUGGAAUGAAGGGUCAUAUAGCAAAAAGGUAUGGCGAUUUAGUUCAAGAUUUGUGGAGUGGUACGUCAAAAAGUAUAGCACCUCUUAAACUUAGGUGGACAAUAGGGAAAUAUGCUCCUCGUUUUAACGGAUUCCAACAACAUGAUUCACAAGAAUUGCUAGCGUUCCUUCUAGACGGCUUACAUGAAGAUUUAAACAGGGUACAAAACAAACCUUAUGUUGAGUUGAAGGACAGUGAUGGCAGACCCGACGAAGAAGUCGCUGAUGAGGCAUGGGAAAACCAUAUGCUUAGAAAUCGAUCAGUUAUUGUCGAUUUAUUUCACGGCCAGCUACGCUCGCUAGUCUGCUGCAAAGAGUGUGGUAACGAAAGUGUUCGUUUUGAUCCAUUUACAUAUCUGUCAUUACCUUUACCUUUAGAUAAUUCCAUGCACCUAGAAAUUGUAGUUAUUAGACUAGAUGGUACAGUACCAAUGAAGUAUGGCUUGAGACUUAAUAUGGAAGACAAAUAUAAAGACUUAAAGCAGUAUCUGAGUGAACUCUGUGACUUAACGCCACAACAGUUACUGCUGGUUGAAGUCUUUGGUGCAAUGAUAAGGAGUCUACCUUCUGAUGGUCAAAAAGUUCGGACAGCACUGGGAGGGUAUCUUUAUGCUUACGAAAUUCCACCGCCUCCCCAGCUGACGAUGUCAACGCAUCCAAAGAUAAUUUCAUCUGAAACCACAGUGUUAAGUAACUCCAGCCAAAAACCUCACGUGGAACCUCUCACCCCAGUGAAUGGUUUAACACCUCCUGAGAUAAAUGCAGAAGACCUCAAUUAUGCGGCAAAGACGAGCAGUCUGCAUAGAACGCAGAAGGUCAAUGGCGGUAUUGUCACCACGGGUAGUACAGACACCAAAGUACCUAACACUACUAGUAGUAGUAGCAAUGGUGGACUCCAUACCACGCCAUACCUUGGUAAUGCAUUUGAUGGAUUCGUUAUAGCUAUGCACAGAAAAAUGAUGCGAAUGGACGUCUACUUUUUAUCAUCACAAAAGACACGACCAAGCCUUUUCGGGACUCCACUUAUUCUACCAUGCACCGUCGCCACCAGACAGUCCGAUCUCUAUAAAGCUGUGUGGACCCAAGUAUCCAGGCUUGUCAGUCCACUACCCCCAUCAGAGAAUGGCGCAAGUGCCAAGAACCAUGCACAAGACUGUGAUGAUAGCCUGGGUUAUGAAUAUCCGUUUGUACUUAAAGCUGUACAACGAGAUGGAAUUACAUGCGCAUGGUGUCCGUGGUAUCGGUUUUGUCGAGGUUGUAAAAUUGAUUGUGUUGACGAUGACUUUGCAGUCGGCAGUGCAUAUAUUGCGAUAGACUGGGACCCGACAGCGCUGCAUCUCAGAUAUCAGUCAUCGCAGGAAAGAGUGGUUGCGGACCAUGACAGCGUAGAAGUGAGUCGAAAGCUCCAGACAGAACCGAUAGACUUAGAUACGUGUCUGAAAGCCUUUACCAAAGAGGAAGAACUCGGUGAAGAUGAACUGUGGUUCUGCUCUAAGUGCAAAGAACAUCGACAGGCCACCAAGAAAUUAGCACUUUGGAGGCUUCCUCCCAUACUGAUUAUUCAAAUGAAAAGAUUCCAAUAUGUGAAUGGACGAUGGGUGAAGUCGCAGAAGAUUGUCAAAUUUCCCAAGAGAAAAUUCGAUCCAAGUCGUUUUAUAGCUAAAAAUGCCCCAACUGAUCUUACAAUACCCUCAUGCAAGAACACACCAAUCAUGAAGCAGCCAGUGCCGAACGGAAUCGCAGUGCAGACGGUAGAUGAUGAACUGUCUGAAUCGAAUAAAGUGAACUCUGAAACCAACACAAGCAGCUUGUCAGCUGUCAAAAUCGAUAAUACGAAAGGUAGCGCUGAAAAUGUCAAGAACAAACUGUGCAAAGAUUCACCAAAGACGAAGCGGAUACGAAAAAAUUCCAUCAGUCCUUUGCCAACAAGGAAACACAACUCUGUGAGCCCGCUCCCACCGAAAAAGAGUAGCAGGGACAGUCUAGAAGUUGUAAAUGGGCGGGGCAGCACUGCAAGCAACAUUAGCCAACAAUCAAACGGAAGCAGUACUUUGAGUACAAAUUCCCUAAAUUCUGAAAAAACAGACAAUACAUCAGACAGUAAGACAUUGAGUCCUACGGCGUCCCACCCUCUGGACAGUUCAUUGUUGCCAGUUGCAGCUGGAAAUACUGAUAUUGAAGAUCUCAGUAAACCUAUUUACAACCUGUAUUCUCUGUCUUGCCAUACUGGAAUCCUUGGUGGUGGGCAUUAUGUCGCUUAUGCUAUCAACCCAAAUGACAACUGGUAUAUUUACAAUGACAGUACCUGCAAAGAAAUUAAGGAAGAACUAAUCGAUACAGACAAUGCUUACAUGCUGUUCUAUGAAAGACAGGGACUAAAUUACUCUGAUUUCCUUCCUGAUGUCUCCGACAAAGAACCAGAUACGAGCAGUAUUGAUGACGAGUUUGAAUCAGAUUUUAAGAAAGUUUGCAAUAUUCAGUAAAUGGUUUAUCGGCAAUGUGGUGGCUCACUCAUGUCAGUGAAGAUGUCACCUACGUGAUUCUGAUUAGCGACAGCAU